AUGCAGACGAUUGUAUCAUCGAUCGAAUUACGAAAGCACAAAAUUUUCAUCGUAGCGACAAAUGAUCGCGACCUUAAGCGGAGAGUGCGGAAGGUUCCUGGAGUUCCAAUGGUGAGUGUAGCGAGAGGCAAAUACAUUAUUGAGAGAUUGCCAGAUGCGCCUGAGAAGUAG